UUAGUACACACAGGUAAACUUCCUCUCUGUGUAUUUUCACAGGAACACAUUUGACUUCCCACUUAUUAUAACCAGGUCAGUGAGCUAAGCGAACAUGCAGACACAAAGCUGAUCACAGCUACAUUUGUUAACAGCAGGGAUGAAGAUGCUUCAGCUGGUUACGAUUCUACUCACGCUGUCCGGUGUUUUCAGUGAUUGGGGUGUGAACUAUCCGGAUAAUCCGAUCUGUGCUGUGAGAGGAUUCAGUGUCUCCAUUCCCUGUAGUUAUUCUUAUCCAACAUCAAAUCCCAGUACUCAGGUGAUACGAAUGCUUUGGUGCUCAAUGAACUCAAACACAGAUAAGUGUAUAGCCCCCCCGACUGUUUAUAACAGCUCAUCAAUCACCACAUCAGACUUUGAGUACGCUGGAGACAACAAAUCAAACUGCACUUUGUUAAUCCACAAUGUACAGUUCAGUUAUUCUGGAGAGUACCAAUUCAGAUUUAUAACUGAUGUGAACAGAUGGACAGGUGUACCUGGAGCGAUUCUACAAGUUGCAGAUUUAAAGGUGUCACUAAUCAGGCUCAGUGGAAACGGAACCCUUAAACAAGGAGACUCGUUAAAUCUGACGUGUGAUGUGAACUGCACACAAAGUUCCUCACAGUUUGUGUGGUCUAAGAACAACAUACAGUUAAAUACAUCAGGACGCGUUCUUCACUUUCCUGCUGUAACCGUGAGGGAUUCUGGGAGUUACACCUGCACUUGGAAAACCAACAGGGCAUCAGGAUCUAAAGUGAUCAGCCUUCUCGUCGAGGGUGAAAAUCCUGAUCAUCUGCCAAACUGGAUCAUUGCUGUGGUGACAUCUGGAGUGAUUUUCAUCAUCUUAGUCCUCUUAGGAGCUGCGAUUUGCAACAGGAGGAGGAAACCUGAUGCUCCGGAAGACAACAGCAGAAACGCUGGAGAGCAAGCACAGUCCCCGCAGGUAAAGCAGCUUCCUCUGCCCAAUGAAGAAGUGCCACAGCAGGGGGAAGUGACUUAUGCAACUGUGUGUGCCAAAGACAACAAUCUGACCAAUGGGCGUGUCCACACUGAGCAGAAGAAGGAGGACAUAUCCGUUAUCUACAGUACUGUGACAAUAAAAUGAUCACGUCUUUGACAUCAUAUCUUGAGGCGCUUAUUUUACUCAG